AUGGCACUCCCAGUUCUCCCAAACACGGAUAAUUUCCUGGGUGUCGCUCUUGUCAUCAACCGUUCUCGUGAUGGCCCGCGCUUCGUCUUUCACUACCCGCCCUACCUCUUACCACCAGGGACCUCAAAGGGGGAUACCGACGGCGGCGACGAUGUUGACGAGGACGACGAUAUCCUGCCUGGCCGCCCCUCACGCGAAUCGAGGAUAGAGACUGGCUCGUCUUCUGCUUUGCUUGCCGCCGAGCUGGCCCAGUGGAAUCAUGACGACCAUCUCGUCACCGACAGCGGCACCCAAAUCGUGCCUUGGGAGCAGGUGGCUGGCUUUCCCACGAAAGACCUGGAGAACAUCUUGAAACCGGCCAGGGCGUACCACAAACGCCUCUUCCAAGUGUCACUGGACCCGAUAUAUUGUGUCUCGUACCCAAUUCAGGUGCCCGAGAAUGGCGUGUGGAGGAAGAAGAAGGGCAAGGAGGCAGGGAAGCAACGGCAUCCACAGAAGGAGCCAGGGCCCGCUAAGAGAGAAGACGAUGACCCCUUCUCAACUGACGCUGGCGGGUCAGCCAGGAGCGGCGGCGAGAGAGGUCUGGGUGACGCCGAGAAGAUUGAGGCGAGAGACACGCUGAAGCCUCCCACCAAGUCGGCCGAGGAGGCCGAGGAUAAGAAAAGCUCCAUGACCAUGUUCAACCUGGUCUUCUUCCUCAACCCGAAAAAGCAUGAGGUUAAGCCCCUCGUCGACAUAAUGUUUACGCACAUAAUCAAAAAGAUCAACAAGGCCUACAAGUACUGCCAACAGCGGAGUGACUUUGUGUGGAAGGAGUCGAAGCGAAUUCUUGCCCUCAAGGACAAGGGGCGUGAGGACAAAAGGAAGAUGAGUCUGCUAUGGAAGGAGAUCCUUUCUACCUCAUCCCUAGCAGCAUCUAUGCAGGACAUCUACGAAGCCGUCUCCCAGAAUAGGAUCGCUGCUUUGCAGCUGGACACCGUCGAGGGCGCGGUAACUCACUCGGUCCAGAUCCCCGUCCCGUUCCACGUACCCGACCUACCCCAAGAGGGCGAAAAGGGCCAGAGCGGCGUCUGGUUAACGACCGCAAACUCGCUCAUGGGCGAGGAAGCAGCCGAAACCCCGGGGUUUCUUGACAAGAACUUUGCUCUCUUGCUCAUGAUGGACGAGAAGAGGGUGACAGCAGAGCUACAAAAUGAUCCCGAUGAGACCACUCUCGCCAUGAUUGAGUUUGUGCGCCAUUGCAAGCCAACGCUCUCCUUCUACCAAGUUUUUCAACAGUCAAGCAACAUCCUCACCCCCGCACAAGUGCGCAAGUUCGCCCAGCAUUUCAUCUUCUGGCGGCGUGCCAUCGCCAUCCCGCCACUGCAUGCCCGCGACAUGUACAUUGUGAGCCCUAACUGCGACCUGCAAAAGCUACCGCAAGCCGCUACCCAAUGGGCUCGCCACGUCGCCCCGCGGCCCUACAAGCUCCACUGCCCCAGCAAAGCCCACCGCCCCGUUUACAUGGCGAUGCUGGCUUGGUUAAUGCGCGGUGGCUGGGUCACGCAGCUCUGCACCUUUGCCUACGUCGUCGUCUGGCCUGAAAUUAUCUAUGAGGUCGAGUACGCCCAAGAAGCCGAGGAGAUCGCGAUCGCCCGCGCAAAGCGCGCCCAAAACAUGGGCCGCGAGGCGGGGAGCGUAGAAAGCGACGACGCCACUACAGCCGUCACGGUUACGACGCCGGGCGACCAAGCCACGCCCGGGUCCGCAUCGGGCUUCCUCCCCCUCCUCUCCGACCUCCCCGGCCCAUCCCGUUCGACAACCAGCCUCCGCGACCUCUCCCUAUCCUUCUCCCAAUCCCCCCUCGUCCCUACCUCCUCAACACCCACCUCACCCGCCACCCGAACCAACAGCAUCAUUAACAACACCACCACCACCACCAACAACCACCACCCAUACACCCCCUCCGCAACCCCACCACCCCAAGGACCAUCACAACCACCCACCACCACCACCCACCCCGACGACGACGACCCCAACAACAACAACAACAACCACCACAGCCCCACCGACAACCCCGAGCCCACGCCCGCCGAGCAAGCCGCCGAGAAAGCCCGCCUCGCCCGCCUCGCCGACAAGGCCGCGCGGGCGCUGGCCGAGCGCGCGACGGCCCACGCGCGCAAGGCGGUCCCUCAGGCCACGGCGCACCCCAGCGUCAACCGCGCGCGGCACCUGGCGGGGAUGGCGCCGCAGGUGAUUCUGGACGCUAAGAAGGCGACGGGGAAGGAGAGUUUGUAUUUGAGUGCGAUCGGGCGGCGGUUUCGGGAUCGGGUUGCUGCUCCUGCUGGGGAUGGGCGGCGGGGAGAGGGUGGUGGUGGUGGUGGUCUGGAUGGGAAUGGGAAUGGGGGUGGUGGUGGUGGUGGUGACAGUUCUGGCACGGCAGGGAGGGGAGGGAUGAGUCGGCUUGGGGCAGCUCACUCUACCGGCGGUGGUGGGAUCCGGGACACGGGAGAUUGGGACGAGCGGGUGGCCAACGCGUGGCCUGUGCUGUGCAAGUAUUUCAACGGGCGGUCGGCGCUGGAGAGGAUCGCGCUGCAGGAGGACAUGAAGCGCAAGGAUGUGUGGAACUUGCUCACGGCUAUGAGCGAGUACCUGCUCUGUGUCCGUCAUUGGUAGCUUGCUAGAUCACGCAGCGUACUAAUAACACCUUACAAUGUGGGAGUGCUGGGAGUUGUUGUGGCGACAUGAAGAAAACAUUCAAGGAGCGCACCAUCAAAAGAACAAUUUGCAUUGAGAAGGUAUUAUCAUGAGCCGUCGGCCAACCAGCGCUCGGCCGUAAAUGUAUGCGAAAUGGAUAAUUGAUGAAAGUGAAAGUAAGAACUGAAACCAGAAAAAAUGAGAAAUGAACCGAUAAAGAAAAACCAAAAUACCCUCCUAUCCCUAUGCCCAAUCCUCGAGGUAUCAUUCCGUAAGUGCAAGGAAUCAGGAACUGGAGAGCCAGGUACCAUGUCCCGGCGAAAGUGCCUCCCAGUUCAACCCGCCUGCGCCGUAACCAGACCGCGCCAGAAAACCCCCCGAUAUGCUAUAUAACCCCGAAAACGC